AAUUAUUUAUGUUUGUAAUAAUACAAUUUCAAUCACUCGACUCGACUCGACAUCGGCAGUCGGCACCCGGCACCGUUCCGUUGUCGGUUAUCAUUCAGCGAAUCAGCGACAAUCACAGAGCGAAUGGCGAUUGGUUGAAUGGAAGGCUAGCGAGUCGAGUCGAGCGACGGGCGUUGAAGAAAAGAAAAUGGCAAAAUGGUGUGAUCCAUUGAUCGUUUCUGGAAGGUUAGUGUUUACAGUAGAGCAUAUAUUGAUUUCUCAAAUUUUAUAUAUUUUUUCUAUUAUCGUGAUGGUAUUUUGCAAAUUAUUUAGAGAAGUGCAAUAUUUGCGAUUUCUCAGGUACCAUUACCGUUAUCGCAUUGUGUGGCAAAUUUUCGAGUUCGACAGACAAGCGAGGCGACGGCGCCGUUCGGCUCUCGCUUUGUUCACUCAUCUCCACGUGCCUUCCGCCAUUUAGUUCUUUCUAAUCGCCAGAUUGAUGCAUGUAUUGUGUAUUUUUAUCAUCAAAUAGAAUAAUACUACAGAAUACUAAAGCAAAACGACGUAUUUUCAAGAAUUUAAAUAAAUUGCUGACGAAUUAAAUAAAGCCGCAACCCGGCGGCGUGGUCGUGUUCGGAGGGAACAUUGUUGAGUAGUGUGUCGACGGGCGAAGAGUGACAGCAAGAGGCGGGGCGAUGGCUGCCGGCUCUGAAUUUGUUGAGGGCUGGCUUGUCGCCCAGGUGUUAGGCGAAGGAGCAUAUGGCGAAGUGCGACUACUGGUGCACGCGCGCAGCGGCGCCGCCGUCGCGUUGAAGGUGGCGCGCGGGCCCGCGGCCGAUCCCAACGCCGGCCAGGCCGGGGCCGGCCAGGCCGAGGCCGGGCAGGCCCCGCCGGCGCGCGAGGCGGCCCUGCACCGCGCCCUGCGCCACCCGCACGUGCUGCGCUGCCUGGGCGAGCGCACGCACCAGGGCCUGCACUACCUGUUCCUGGAGUACGCGCCGGGCGGGGAGCUGUUCGACCGGAUCGAGCCGGACGUGGGCAUGAGCGAGGCGGCGGCGCGCCGCUACUGGCUGCAGUUGCUGGCCGGCCUGGACUACCUGCACGGCCGCGGGGUGGCGCAUCGCGACAUCAAACCCGAGAACUUGCUACUCGACGCCCGGGACCAACUAAAGAUCUCUGAUUUCGGCAUGGCGACACUGUUCAGGCACGGCACGCGCGAGCGCCUACUGACGCGAGUGUGCGGCACCGUGCCGUACGCCGCGCCCGAGGUGCUGCGCGCGGCCGCGCGGCCCUACCGCGCGCCGCCCGCCGACCUGUGGGCCGCCGCGCUCGUCUUGCUCGCCAUGCUGGCCGGCGAAUUGCCGUGGGAGCGCGCUUGCCCGUCCGACGCGCGAUUCGCGGCCUGGAGUACGUGGUGGGAGGCAAACUACGGGGACGCGGGGGCGCAGCCAGCCUGCGGGGCCGCGGCCCCCCCGUCCGGCCCGUGGCGCAAGCUGAGCGGAGGAGCGUUGGCGCUACUGCGGCGGGCCUUGGCGCCCGACCCCAGCCGCCGCGCCGCGCUAGCCGCGCUGCGCGCUGCACCAUGGGCGCGCGCGCGCCAGUGGCCGGAGAACGAGGAGCGCACGUGGCGUUCCCAGCCUACGGGCGGCGAGGCGACGGACGCGCCCGACGACCUCUCGGCCGCCGACAUGGACGCGCUCAUCAGCUACUCGCAGCCCGCGCACGCCGACGACCUGUUGCUGGGCGCCGACGCCGCGCUGGGCGCGCCGCUCGGGCCCGGGCGCCGCAUGACGCGCGUCUGGCUGCGCGGCGACGAGGCGGGCGCGCUGGGCGCGCUGGGCGCGGCGCUGGAGGCGCGCGGGCACGCGUGGCGGCGGGCGGGCGCGCGCGGGCUGGUGGCGGAGCUGGGCGCGGGCGGCGGCGCGGGCGCGGGCGUGCGCCUGCGGGCGGCGGCGCUGCGCUGCGGCGCCUGCACGCUGCUGGAGCUGCGGCGCACGCGCGGCUGCGGCCUGCAGUUCAAGCGCCGCUUCCUCGAGCUGCGCGACGCGCUCGCCCAUCUGCACGCGCCGCCCCCCGACCCUCACUAGGCCGCUCCCGUCGCCGAUCAUUUUGUACGCGUCUCUCAUUAGAAUGUAAUCAUUAAAUAAGUGGCCUUGAUGUAAUAGACUGAAUAAGCUAGAGUCACAACAUAUUUAGUUUUAGUAAAAGAAAUCAUCGAGCUCAAUCAAUAGUUAAGAAAACAUAAAUGACUCAG